UUCAAGUCGCUUUGAACAUUUUUCCAACUGGAAAUCUCUCCUGAAAGCGGUUGCCAGACUCAUUCACAUUGCUCAAAGCUUCUCAAACAAAAACAGUAACAGCUGUCGAGGUUGGCAUUACUGCAACAACAUUUCAUCUUCAGAAAUGGAUAAAGCAGAGCGACUGAUCAUUCACACAGUGCAACAACAGUGCUUCUCACAGGAAAUCUCUGCAGUCAAGAAAAACCAAAGACUACCAAAGAACAGCCCUAUUCUCAGACUCAAUCCAUUCAUCGACCGUGAUGGGCUCCUGAGAGUUGGAGGACGUUUGCAGCAUUCUAUGUUACAAAGAAAUGAGUCAAAUCCGGUCAUAAUACCCAACAAACAUCACAUUGCAACUCUGCUAGUGCGUCAUCAUCACAAGAGAGUGAAACACCAGGGAAGACAUCUAACAGAAGGAGCCGUUCGCACCAGUGGACUGUGGUUGGUUGGAGGUAAGCGGCUCAUAAGCACCAUCAUUCACAAGUGUGUGUUUUGCAGAAAGCUACGUGGACUGUCAGAACAACAGCUCAUGUCUGACCUACCUGAAGAAAGGCUCAAAGUGGACCCACCAUUCUCAUAUGUGGGCCUGGAUGUCUUUGGCCCGUGGGAGAUCGUGACAAAACGUACAAGAGGAGGCCAAGUAAACAACAAGAGGUGGGCAGUGUUGUUCACAUGCAUGUCUACCAGGGCCAUCCACAUUGAGAUUGUGGAAACAAUGACUGCCUCAAGCUUCAUCAAUGCUCUCCGGAGAUUCUUUUCACUCCGCGGACCUGCCAAAAAACUCAGGUCUGACAGAGGGACCAACUUUAUUGGCGCCUGUAAUGAGCUGAAACUAUCACCACAGGAUGCUAAUAACACAAUCAAAGACUAUCUAACAGAACAGAGGUGCACCUGGGAAUUCAACCCACCCCAUGCGUCCCACAUGGGUGGGACUUGGGAAAGAAUGAUUGGGGUUUCUCGCCGCAUUCUAGAUGCUCUACUCCUAGAUGUGAAGCAACCUCAGCUCACCCAUGAAGUCUUGGUGACCUUCAUGGCAGAGGUCACAGCUAUUGUUAAUGCCAGACCCCUUGUGCCGAUUUCCACAGACCCUGAAGCUCCACUGGUCUUAACACCAGCUAUGCUUCUUACUCAGAAAACAGGAGCUCCUCCUCCAGUUCCAGACAACCUGACAGAGAAGGACGUCUUCAAGAGCCAAUGGAAGAGAGUUCAAAUACUAGCCAACAACUUUUGGACAAGAUGGCAGAAAGAGUAUCUCUGCACCCUUCAAGGUCGUCAAAAGUGGCUCGUAAAGAAAACAAACCUCAAGGAAGGAGAUGUUGUCCUCCUGAAGGACUCCACUGCAAAGCGCAACGAGUGGCCCAUGGGACUUGUCGAGAAGACGUACCCCAGCAAGGACGGGCUUGUGAGAAAAGUGGAUGUAAAAGUUGCAAGACAUCAGGGUGUAAAGUCAUUCAGCCGACCAAUCUCAGAAUUGAUUCUUUUAUUGACACCUAGUAAUGUGGACAUUUGAUUUAGUGGCAUCUCUUACAGACGCCAGGCGGGGAGUGUAGUGAAACCUGUUUAAUUUAAUGUCAUUCAAUGUUAAGUUAAUCUACUGAGGCUAUCUAGUGGCAAAUGUUAUAAUUUUGUCUAUUACUGGCUUACUGACGCCAUCUUGUGGUCACUUUUAUUACUAUGACUUGUUUACCAGAAAGGAAGUAAGCCAUUGGUCCAUGUACUCCGAAAGAAGCCCUCUUUGUUGUGUUUUCUUUAAUCUAAGUGCAGAAACGGCAUCGUCUGUAAGUACUGUUCUAAUUUGCUUGUCAUAUAAAUCAUAAUUUGUAACCCGUUGACAUGUUUUAUGUGACGAUAGAUAUUUUUACUUGUGUUAGCUCGGCGCGUUAGCCUAGCUGGCAUUCAUUUUCUGUACCUUUGUGUGUUACAGUUUUACACGAUUCUCAUUAAACCCUGCUAAAGAACCAAAUGGAGUGCUUCUUGGUGGACGGAUGGGAAAGUGUUUAGCUACCUGUAUAGCUGAGUUACUGCUAAAAGUCACAGUGCUUAGCGAGGCCAGGACAAAGAUCAUUCUUUGUUUUUAAAGUGCUGGUUUUCCAAAAGUAAUUUUGAGGCUUUUAAACACCUCUCCAUUGUGGUACCUUGACACUGGAAACCACCCAUAUCUGCAAUCAAUUGUACUAUCCUAUAAACAAAACAUGACUAAGUGUACUUCAGUUUUCUUAUGGGUAAUUUCCAUCAACUGAUGACAGUACAAUAUGGAUUUCCACAAUACAGUCUGUAAUAACAAAAAAAAAAAAAAAAUCAACAGCAAAUGUUUCAAACCAUUUCUAUCCCACCAAGCAAAUUUUACUUAAAAUGACACAAAAUACGAGGGAUGUCCACUGAUUUCUAGAGCUGAUUAAACACUGAUUGGGAUUGAUUAAAUGUUUUUGUUAGGAGUAAAUUUGGAUGAGAGAGAUGGGAUAA